AAUUUCCAUUAAAAAAAAAAAAAAAAUUCAUAAAAAGGGUCAAAAAAUAUGUUAUAAAAAAUGCCGUUCGUAAAACGAGUCGUACAACCAAAAUACAUUUGCCGGAAAAGCAAAGCACCUGGCCAGCAAGCAGCAGCAAGUUCGAGCGAGCAACAACAACAAACACCAGGUGAUUCUUUGGUGCCAUGCAACAAUGGCAUUGUACAAGAUUACGAACUCGAGACCAUCACAAAUGUGACAUUAAGUAAUGCCUUGCGACAAUUGGCAUCGCUCCUGCUGAUCUCCAACGAGAUUUUCAGCGAGCUAAAUAAGGAACUCGAAACUAUCUCCGAUCGUUCGGCCGGAUUAAAGCAACGUAUCGAGAAAUUGGCAGAAAAAGUGGAUAAUGACGAUCCUAAGCUUGUACCAGUUCCUGAAAGUGACCUUAUCACGUUCGCCAACAUCAAAAAUCACUACAAGCGAAAACAUGAGAUCCAAACGUCACUUUUUACGCCAGAAACGCGCACUGACACGCUCAAGGAGAUGUACGAGGCAGCAGCGAAGACACCUGUUCCGGUGAUGGAUGAGCUCGAUCGGAUUCUGGGAGAGAAUCGGAGACGCAGUUCGGAUGCUUUCAUGUGCACGCCAGUGCUCGGUCAGAUACGUCGUCGCAUGAAAAGCAAGGUCGAUCUGGAAAUUGAAGCGAGAAUGCCCACUGCCAUUGAAAAUCUUCGCAAAUGGACGUCACAAGAAGCAAUUGGUGAUAUCACCGUGGGACCUGAUGGCGUUUCACGAGUCUUUAGCACUUCCAGUUCCAUUAACAAUUCACAAUUUGCGAAUAUGUCACGAGAUGAGACUGAUGACACUCUACAUUCGACCUAUAAUAACAGCUCGGCAGUCACUAGUCGAUCGAAUACGAACGAUAGUCUCAAUGAUGCAACGUUAGACCAUAGAUUGCCUUCACCUGAGGAACAACAAAAGAUUAUUGCCUUAAAAUAUCCAGCGGAGACGAUUCGCGUCGAUGUGUCUGGCAAACGAUUCGAUCGAAUGUCGGCGGCACGCAAAUCACUUCUGCACGUUCAAAUGGGCGGAACCACAGGAACUCCCGUGGAAACAGAAGAUGGAGCUGAAAGUGGCGGCGAUACAAUUCGCCGAAGGGCUCGAUCACGCAAACCUCGGGGCAAGAGAAGAAACACCAUUGCCGGGAUCGACGGGAAGGAAAUUGAGGAAGCAGCUAAUGGUGGCGAAAGUCAUCCUGAAGAUCAAGCAGCCAUUGAUCUCGUUCCUCGUAGCAAAUCGAGCGACAUUUUGAAGAAAGAUGAAAAAUCGCGCCUAAGUCACUUUAACACACUGAAACAAUGGGGUCGCAAUCGCCUUCGUCAAAUCACGUUACGUAGCAAUGACAACAAUGAACGCCAACUGCCACCAAUCGACAAGCAGGUUUCUGAUAUUGAUAACUUCAAUACACAGGAUACGAUGCGCCAAAAUAACGCAUUCCGGAAACGCCAACUGGAAAAGGAGAAGGAACGAAAGCUUUCGCACGAACGAAAGCCUUCGUAUUCCUCACAAAGCGAGAAAAGUGUGGCUGCGGUUUCGUCUCUUUCGACGAUCCCCGUGAAUCCGGUGAAGCUGCGAGAAUCUUCGUUGAUUCGCAGACAACGACGCCACGGAUUGGGACAGAAAGAGGAACAGAAUUCAAGUUCGGGUAACUGGAGUGCCAGUUCAGAGUCGGGACGAACGUCAAUCGGAAGUGAAAUAACGACGACUACUCAUCCGAAAUCGAGUGCCUCGAGUGGUUCAUUGAAUCAUCAUCAUCUUCAUGGUGGUUCAAGUGGACCUCCGAGCUCGAUUAUUUCACGUAGGCGAUUCCUUAAUACUUCCGCUUCGAGCAGUAUUACAAGUGAAGGUACAGCUACCCCUGAUUUGCAAACUUUUGGUGAUUUUCAUGACGAAGGUGAAACAAGUAGUAUUUACUCCUGCGAUACCGAGGGUUAUUAUACUUCCUUCCACAUGGACAGUGGCUUGAAAACUCUCAAAGAAGAAGAACCAGCAACACCUUUGCAUAACUCCCAAAACCUUUCGAGCACAACGAGCUUCGAAAGCUCCGGAAAUCAAACGGUAAUUUCGCCCGAAAAUGAGUACGAGCUCUUUGGUCGUGGCUCGACAUCGACUACAACCAGCAGCGCCGGCACAAUUUGCACAAUUGUCCCACCGAAUGACUACGAACAACGUUCAAACGCAUCCGUCCCACAAGUACCUGAACGCAAGAGUUCCCUCACGAAACUCAAUCGGUCCAGUAGUUCUGUGAGUAAUUCUAAUGCUGGCACCCUCGAACGCAGUUACAGCAGCAGCACAGUAGGCAGUACGCUCGAACGCAUGGGAACGAUUAAGAGAAACGGCGUUUUGCUGCAAAAAGAAGUCCAAACAAUCGUCAAAGAGGAAGCUCUGUCAGUAGCGAGAACAGAAUCCCCUGAUAGCGGCAACAAUACGAGCUCGAGCCCAAUAGAAUCGAAUUCAAGUCCAACGCAAAGUGCACAAGGCGUUCGAAGUAAUUCGGAAUUCGAGUAUUCUGAAAGCUCUGAUUUGGAAUGUGUGGAUCGAAUUGAACGAAUUAGAGUUAAGACGACAAUUAAUACAAGUCGCAUCCCAUCGAUGUGUGUUAUUACGCCUGGAAAUAGCGACGAUGACGAAGGAAUGAAAAACCGGAAGAACUCUGAUAGCUCUGAAGAUCGCGAAGGACCACAAGUUAUUGAAAUUGCCUUUGGAGAUGAAACUCCAAUGAACGAAAAAGUUUUUAAGAAAGCCACCCUUUUGCCUCUUGGUAAUUUCAUGGGAAAGCUCAAAGGAGUUUUGCAUAAGAAGAGUCCCAAUAAGCAUGAAGAUGAAAUCUAUGCAGCUGGCGGUGAGUAUGUGACCAUUGCCGAUGUCGCUAACAACAAUAAGAAACGAGAUUCGGGAGUUUACUUCUCGAACGACGUGGUAAAGAGAAAUUUGGCAACGGUUUUGUCCGGAAAUUUAAACGAAGAAACCGAAUAUGUCUCUUUGAAUGAGUUGCCAUGCAAUAUUAGAUGCGAGAGCAAUCUGUUAUCCAGUGAUGGUACAGAUGCUGUUGCAAUCGAUGAAAAUACUACGCGGGAAAAUGCUGCUACUACGAAUACUAUGUCAAAGAAUGAAACGGAGGGGAAAUCUCCAACGCGAGACGAGGAAAAUCGUAUCAAAGGUGCGCGUGUCACACUCGAUGCGCAUGGCAAAGUUGUAUACAACAGCGACAGCCUGAAACGUCGUAAGGGAGCACACACAACAUUCGCACCAGGACCAAAUGUAAAAGAUACAAAAACAUCGGAGGCAGUUGCAAGUGAAACGGCGCGCAGCGAAGACGACAAAGACGACGACGAGUAUAUCGAAAUCCCACCUGCCAUUUCCUCGCCAUUGCUCAGUGGUGGUGUCUUGAAUAGAAAAUUGAAUCAAGUGCGACCGGUAAAACGUCUCAAUUCUCCGAUAAUUGACUCUGUGACAAAUUCGAACAACAACAUGCGAGGCGCUUACGUCAAUUUGCAGGAAGCCCAGGCAGGCAUGAAUCCACUCAUGACACAAUCCAACUACACGGACUACAUUGGCAACAGUAACGAAGGUAAGCUUAGUGAUAGUUCGAGUGACAAGUACAAGUUGACUCCCGUCCAAUUGUUUAAACAAAAUUCCAAAAUUGGCUUUUCACCAAAACAACAAAAAAGACAGAAAUUUUCCCUUCCGCCGUCUCCACUGACAAUCGAACACUACCCGUAUAACGCAAGUGAAAGAGAAAAUGAGAACGUUGACCCAAAUAAUUCAAGUGAAAACGGUGUUUGUGUAGUAAAACGUAGUAACAGCUACCGUUUGGCAAACAAUGUUCCUUCGACACCAGCAAUGGUGCUGAAAAAUCCCUCGUUUGCAUCUAUUCGCAAAUCGCGACUCACGACUGUAACUAAUCCCAAUGACGAAGUAAUUCCUAACGAAAAAAUAAUCAAUAACACGUCUGUUAUUAAUUCCUUUAAUAACACAUCACCUUUAAUACCUACAAAAACUCAUUCCCCUACGAACUCGCAAACUCAUACAAUGACUCCAAUAUGGUCCCCCAAAAAUAAACUUUACAAAGAAUUGACGGCAAUUUCUCACAAAAACUCCGAAGCUGUCUCCCCCCAUGUUAACAACAACACGCAAAACGGCGACAGCGCCAAAGGUAAGCCGAGAAUUUAUGACAAAAGUCGUCACGUGCAUCACCGCAAUAAGAACAAGAAACAAAUAUCCAUUCACAGUAUUUCGAGUCCCAUAGCUGGUACAUUAAUUCGUCGUAGUAAGACAGACGAAGGAUUUGCUUCGUUGGACGAUGAAGAAGACGUGACAUCGUCCAAUGACAGUCACGGGAGCGAUCAAUCAACUUCCAACGUGGAAGACAAAAAGAGUGACGAGAAAAUCUUAGAAACGAAUUUUGAGCUAUAUGACAUUCCGCGAAACUUACCAGUGCCACAAAAGGAACUCGUUGAAGACGAAGAAGACUCAGACGACGAUGACGAAGACAUUUUCUAUACUCCCUCAAAAAUUUUAAAGCCAAUAAUUUACUCAAUUACUCCGUCAAAGUUGACCAUCCCUUCGGACAGUUCUCAGCACAGAGCUCGCAUCUUAAGCUCAAACGGAGAUAAUUGCACUGAUAUUUGUUUUGCAUGUCCUUGUACAUAUAAUGCCACUAAAAGUUCGGAUUGCCAUCCAGAAGGUCGUCAGGAUUACAUGGAAGGAUUACGGGGGAUAGUAAGUGAUAUCGGCAAGCAUGUGUUUGGGCAAAUUUAUUAUCAACUUUCGUCCCAUGAUCCGCACUUCAAUGGAGGUCUCAUGACCCAAUCCUCCUACAUAUCAUCGACGUUGCCACGUUUCCAAAACUCGCCGAUAUACGAGAGUCCUCCCGUGACCUACUCCACAAUUGGCAUGGAUCCGAUGAUGCAGCAGCAGUUCAAGCGAAACGAUCAAAUGUACUGGACAUUGCAAUCUGCGGGGCGUAAAUCACGCUUCAAUACUUACGGUCUAACGGAUGACUUGAAUAUGGCGCAAUCGGAUAUCCCCAUUGAACAGCUUUACUCCACGCCGAAUAAACUUCGGACGACUCGUCAUGGUUUCGAUAACUACUUCUCGCCAGUUCCGUCGGUGCAAGACUCACAUCCUGUCGGAAAGGUGCAUGAAAGCAAGUCACGAGAUGAUAGUUUGAACAAGAUUUCUCCUAUUGAUCCACGGAAUACGGGUCCAGGAUUUCAAACGUCAACUCCAGCCAAGGCAGAUAACGGUUUGGCAUCACCGACAAAGGGAUUGAGCGAGGAACUACGAAACCGCUUACGGCUCGGUGACAGCGGCGCUCGUUCAAGUGGCAACUCGCCCAUAAACAGUGGUCGAUCUACGCCGCGACUCGAACCGCAGGCGAGAACUCGUCACAGUUGGGCAUCACAAAACGCACAAGUUCCCGAAACCUGCGCCGAUCGCAUGAAACAGCCCAAAACGAGUCUAAUGGACUUCAAGCGGUUACUUUUGGAGAAACAAGCCACGAAUGCUGCGACGAAAAAGUCUGCGGUCGAACAACUUUUGAUGCAAAAGCAACAACAGCAAUAUGUCCCUCAACCAGCUCCGGCAAGCCCAACCACAGCAGGUCCAAAAGCAAUCAACUCAAGUAUGCACAUUCUGGAUUUGAGUGGAUCUCCCAAGACUUUCGCUACACGAAGGAUGUUACGACAAGGCAAUUUCGGCACAAGUUCGCCUGUCAAAUCUAACGCGCCAAAACACGUUUCACCCAAGACUGGUUGGCGUUACAAUAAUUUACGAUCAGAUGUUAUUUCAACAGCAAUUCCUGAGGUAAACAGUGAAGAAGAUAACAGUCCGAAUAACAGUGCACAACGACAAUUGCUGAAAAAUAACGCAUCUCCGCCAAAAGCUCCGUCACCGCGUGAACCAGAGGACGAUCGUGUCGUCGUCGAGGAGAAAAUGAGUGUUCGUGAUAACAUUUUCCUAAAGACUGAAGAAAAUAACUUUAUGAAACACGAGUUACUACAAAAUAAGCAACCUGUAACUGGAAUUUACUCACGAGCUCAUUUGCAAGCGCAACGUGCCCAGUUUCUGCUUGGCGGGAAUGCCAACCCUACAAAUGGCGCCAAAUCACUGAUCAAUUCUAAAUUCAAGGAUCAAGCGGCAACGUCUCCAACAUCAGCUUCAGCUACUGUUGCCGCCACAGAUGCAGCAUUGCCUACACUCGAAACAUCCCUUUGA